UGUACGGUGUGUUUGUCAUGCGUAUCGCAGCAGGACUCCUGCGGUGAGGACGAGCGUCCUCGCUUGGUGACCGUGGUCAAGCCCCCUGCCAAACCCCGAAGAGCCCGACUCCUGCCCAAAGUUCGCAAGUUGAACAACAAGAAACGUGGUCGACCCAAGAAGGCCGUCCCGGCUGUGGAGAAGAAAAACAAAAAGAACCAGAGUGCGCUGGAUCUGCUGCACGCCAAGACCCUCUCUGCAGCCCCCCCUCAGGAUGCUUACCGGCCCCCUCAGAGUCCGUUCUACCAGCUACCUCCCAAGGUCCAGCACUAUCCCUCCUCUCAGCUGAUCCUGAGCCCCACUCCUCCCGGGCUGCAGCACCUGCUAGAUAACAUCAAAGUACAAUACCUCCAGUUUAUGACCCACAUGAAGACUCCUCAGUACCGCUCCAACCUGCAGGAGCUUUUAGAAGAGGAGAAGCAAAAGCACAGGGACCUGUCAGGGCAGGCGGAGCAGCUCCACUCUGUUUGUCAGACUCACAAGGACAAGAUCAAAGGUCUCUUUCAGACCAAACUAGACGAGCUGGGGGUGAAAGCCCUGACUGUGGAGGACCUGCUGCAAGCCCAGAAGGAGAUCUCAGCCCACAACCGUCAGCUGAAAGAGCAGACUAAGCAGCUGGAGAGAGACAUGGCCUUACUGAGAGACCAUAGCCUGCUUCUGCUGAAGUCUCGAUGUGAGGAGCUGAAGCUGGACUGGGGCUCUUUGUGUCUGGAGAAUUUGUUGAAGGAGAAGCAGGUGCUACGCAGACAAAUCUCUGAAAAGCAGAGACACUGCUUGGAGCUGCAGAUCAGCAUAGUGGAGCUGGAGAAAACUCAAAGGCAGCAGGAGUUGCUUCAGCUCAAAUCCUACAGCCCCUGUCACGGCUCCCCAUACAGAAAGAACAUGGAUUCCCGCUCUUCCAUGGACAUGGACCCCUCUAAGCACGGCCUGUGCUCGAUCCCGGCUUUUAACGGCAUCAGCAUGGAGAUCAACGGCACCAGCUUGCCCUGUUUUGACCGGACCAACACCAAGGGGGAACUUCUGUCUCGCUAUCUGCCCAUCUCUCCGUACCAUGAGAUGGCACCCGCCAUCUCUGAUGCCCGGCAGAGGCAGCUGAGUUCCUCCUACGCUCUUCCUGAUUACACACGCUUCUCCCCCGCCAAGAUUGCCUUGCGGAGGCACCUUAACCAGGACCCCAACGCUCACUUGAGAGGUCCAGGACUGAACAUGCACAGGGAAUUGGGAGGUGUUUACUCGCCGCUGGGAGCCAAACUGAACUGUCCUUCUCCCAAUGCUUGUGAUGCCCAGAAUAAAGGCUUCGAGAGGAGCAAAGAGAGGAGCCCAUCUGUUCAGGGUGACAGCGGCAUUAAAAGCCUUCCAAUCAGUAUUCCUCUGAGCACGGUCCACCCGAGUAAACUACCGGUCAGCAUUCCUCUGGCCAGCGUGGUGCUGCCCAGUCGAGUUGAAAGACUGGUGAGUACAUCCAGUGUUGAAGUAUAAUAGGUACUGCUAUUGUGCCUUUUUAUAUUACGGCCCCUA